CCCCGCGGCAGGUGUGUGCGGUCAGCGCGGAGCUCGGGAGGAGGCCGCAGCCAUGAACGUGGUCCUGGCGGUAAAACAGUAUGUGUCCAAAAUGAUCGAGGAGAGUGGACCCGGCAUGAAGGUGCUGCUCAUGGACAAGGAGACGACCAGCAUCAUUAGCAUGGUGUAUACGCAGUCCGAGAUCCUGUUGAAGGAAGUUUAUCUUUUCGAGCGCAUCGAGUCCACCAACCGUGAGACCAUGAAACACCUCAAAGCCAUCUGCUUUUUGCGGCCUACCAAGGAGAACGUUGAAUAUCUGAUCCAGGAGCUGCGCCGACCCAAGUAUGGCCUGUUUUUUGUUUAUUUCAGCAAUGUGAUUAGUAAGAGUGACAUCAAGAGCUUGGCAGAGGCAGACGAGCAAGAAGUUGUUUCUGAAGUUCAGGAAUUUUAUGGAGAUUUCAUUGCAGUGAGUCCACAUGUGUUUUCCCUCAACCUCACUGGUUGUGCUCAGAACAGGAACUGGAACUCUGCACAUCUGGCACGAAGCACCCAAGGACUGACCGCAGUCCUCCUGUCACUGAAGAAAUGUCCCAUGAUUCGUUAUCAGCUGUCAUCUGACAUGGCGAAGAGGCUAGCAGAGAGUGUGAAGCAAAUCAUCACCAAAGAGUAUGAACUGUUUGACUUCCGUAGGACUGAGGUGCCACCCCUGCUUCUCAUCCUAGAUCGCAGUGACGAUGCUGUCACCCCACUGCUAAACCAGUGGACGUACCAGGCCAUGGUUCAUGAGCUGCUGGGGAUCAACAACAAUCGAAUUGAUCUUUCCCGUGUGCCGGGAGUCAGCCGGGAGCUGAAGGAAGUGGUGCUCUCCGCUGAGAAUGACGAAUUCUACGCAAAUAACAUGUACCUGAACUUCGGGGAGAUUGGCACAAACAUUCGGAACUUGAUGGAGGAUUUUCAGAAAAAGAAACCGAAGGGCCAGCAGAAACUGGAGUCCAUCGCUGACAUGAAGGCCUUUGUGGAGAACUACCCGCAGUUUAAGAAGAUGUCCGGGACUGUAUCCAAACAUGUGACCGUGGUGGGAGAGCUCUCGCGGUUGGUGAAUGAGCACCAGCUGAUGGAAGUAUCCGAGGUGGAACAGGAGUUGGCUUGUCAGAAUGACCACUCCAGUGCCCUGCAGAAUGUGAGGAAGCUGCUGCAGAAUCCCAAAGUGUCAGACUUGGAUGCAGUGAGGCUGGUGAUGCUCUAUGCUCUGCGUUACGAACAUCACAGCAACAGUAACCUGGCCUCACUGAUGGAGGCUCUGACCCGGAAGGGUGUACCAGACAAGUACAAGCAGUUAGUGUCGGUGGUUGUGGAAUACGCCGGGAAACGAAUCCGGGGAAGUGACCUGGUCACCACGAAGGAUGCUGUCGCCAUCACCAAGCAGUUCUUCAAAGGAUUGAAGGGGAUUGAAAAUGUCUACACCCAGCACCAGCCCCUGCUGCAGGACAGCCUGGACCAGCUGAUCAAAGGAAAGCUGAGGGACAGUCAGUACCCGUACCUCGGGCCGAGUACACUCCGAGACCGCCCACAAGAUAUCAUUGUGUUUAUCAUUGGGGGUGCGACCUACGAGGAGGCGCAGACUGUGUACCAUCUGAACCGGACCAGUCCAGGAGUGAGGAUUGUGUUGGGUGGGACAACCAUUCACAACACCAAGAGUUUUCUCGAAGAAGUUGCAGCCUCAAGAAUUCUGAGCCAUGUCUCGGAGAGACCACAUGGAGUGAGUCGUUUGUCAAGGCGGUGAACGCCGAGGAUAUCCUUGGGCCUGCCUGUCCUAACUCUCAGAUUUGUAAACGAUCCGGACUGUGAUUUGUGCGAGUGACUGUUCCUGCUAUUGUAAAUGUAUUGUUUCUCUUGGCGUCAUUAAAUACAAACUGAAAUUCCA